UGAAUGCCAUUCGAUGGUGAAUCGAAAGAUAUUGAUUCUCCCAAAACCGUUGUCGCCGUUGUCGCCGUUGUCGCGCGGCGGUAGAUCCACCCUCGAAGUUCUCUAGCGAAGAGAGCGAUGGGACAGACCAGCAUCGAUGGUGGACACAAUUAACAACCGCAUUGAGUUUCUGAAUAGAAACGCCAAAACCACUGGGGCUCUGCUGGUGAAUUCCGCCCCGUUGGUUGAGAAUGCGAGAAAAAGAGAGGAAGCCCAUGAGGCUCCAUUCACACCGUGCGUCUCGGCUCCGGGGCCCUCCAAUGGCCGCGAGACGAUUCCUCCCCCAGUCAGGCUUUCUGUCCUGUCCUCGCCUGGCACCUGCUCCUCCUCUCCAUCACCAUCACCCUCCAGCUGUCAAUUCCCCAUUGACACCCUCUUCUCACCCUCACCUUUCCUCUCCCUUCACCUUUCUCUCCCCCACCUUCUCUCUCCCUCCCCCUGCUACCACACCCGCCUCGCCCUCCCAUCUCCUUUUAUUUCCCUGCCUGCGUGCCCUUUUAUGCAGUGCCUGUUUUUCUUUUAGCCGGUGCAAUUAGCAGUUCAUCUUUCCAUCAUCUCCGUUGGAUCCUGCUGUGGGAUAUUUCGCAUUGAUACCUUGGACAUCCCUGGGCUUUCUCAAUUCAGUGGACACCCUAUCUUUUUUUAUUUUUUUGUUUAUAAAGCGGCCGUUCCGACUACACGUUUACGCCUCCGGUACUUCCUCUCCCCGAUUCCCAGCGAGAACCCCCGCUCUAACCAUCUUCCUCCUCAAGUGAGCAGUGUGUCAAGUAACGUUGACGUUCUCCGCCCACUUAAAUAUAAAAAUUUCGAACAUUCCCGAACAACUCAAGG